AUGCAAAACCUUAAAGACGCUGCAAAUGCUGGUGUAGAAAAAGUUAAAGAAGUAGCAAGUGGUGCUUCAUAUGAAGCAAAUAAGGAAGCAGCUAAAGAUGAUCAUCUUUCAGCAGGUAACCGCAUAGGUCAUGGCAUCGAUGCUGUUAAAGAUAAAGUUGAAGAAAAAGGUCAUGAAGCUAAAAAAGAAGCUCAUAAGGAAGCUGCUGAAGAACGAGGUGUAAUUGGUCAAAUUGGUGAUACAAUUUCCAAUGCAUAUAACUAUGUUGCCGAAAAAGUUCAUGAGGCAACAAGUAAUGCAUCUUAUGAAGGUCACAAAGAACAAGUCAAAGACUCCGAUAAUACGGUUGGUGAACGUGUUGGCGCUGGUUUUUCAGCUGUUGGUGACAAAAUUGAAGAAAAAGCUCAUAAAGCCAAAGCUGAAGCACAUAAAGAAGCUUUGUAA